AUGGUUCCAGAAGUUCGAGGAUAUAGGAGUGGAAUGUUCCAGCCGAAAAUCUGUUAUUCAGUCCUACAGAACUGGCCAUUUCUCGAUCUCGUGAAGUCCAAACCUGUGUUUGCAAAGGUUUGGAAAACUGAAAAGUUAUUGUCGAGUGCGGAUGCCAUUGCGAUAUAUAAACCUCCAGAAGAAGGAAGUGACGAGUACGCCGAUCCGGAUACAGAAUGGUUACAUCUGGAUCAGGCUGUGUACAGAGAGCGUCUGCACGCCUUCCAAGGUGCAGUCUACUUAGAGGAAACUACCGACACCGACCAUUGUUUCCGGGUCAUGACGCAUUCUCCCCUGUACAAUAAACAAUUCUUCGAGGAAUUCCCAAAGGCUGCCACAAAGUCAAGACGAAUGGAGUUCUUAAAAUUGAGUAAAACACAAAAGGCUUGGUAUGAUAAAAGGAGAUGCACACGAACCAAGGUACCAGUUCCCAAGGGAGGAAUGGUAUUGUGGGAUUCGCGAACAGUUCAUGACAAUGUCGACCCGGUAUACGACAGACCUCACAACGAUAGAUGGCGCUUUGUCGUGUUUGUUUCCAUGACACCGGCAAAAUGGGCUUCUCAAGAGACAAUUGAGAAAAGGAACGAAGCAUACGAUAAAUUGUUGACCACUUCUCACUGGUCAUCACAAGGCCCUCGCAAUUUCAAAGCGUUCAAACCAAAAGCUGGACAAUUCGAAUUAACGAUACUCAAACAACCUGUCAUUGCAAGAUCACGUGAUGCAAUGCUGUUGCUUGGAAAGGCAGAAUACAACUUUAAGGAUGGAAAAUCUAACGGACCAAAGGAACCUGUGUUGGUGUGAAAACUUGAGAACAUUUAACAGGAAGCCGUUGACAAUUCUUUCUAUUCUAUGUUCUCCCUGUGUUUUGCCCUGCUUACGCAUCUUAUGAAACAUUUAUUUUUUAAUUUUGCUAAUUGCAAAUA